AGAGAGAGAGGAUGUGUGCAUGUGUAUGUGCGUGUGCGUGAGAGAGAGAAAGAGGGCGCUAGUACGAACUUCGCCGCGAAACUGAACGCGAAGAAGUCGUGGGCGAUUCCCCCGAACACCGGCCUCUUUCGGUACGUCGCACGGCUUGCGCACUAAUGUAUCAGUGAAUUUGCGGAGGCGAGUCUAACCUAGUCGCGUUACGUGUGCGCGCGCGAUCAAUCAAGAAGAGAGAAAGAGAGAGAGAUAGCGAGAGGGAGAACUAACAUCACGGCCCUUUCCUACAAAGAGAAGAUCCUUGACUCUCAUUCCGACUAAUUCCGUGCAUGCGCGUCCCUUCCUUUUUUAUUCCUUUUUCUUCGUCUUAGUCGGGGUAGCUUUCUUCCAAAGAUACCUAAAUUUUUCAACGUAUCGAAUAGAGGAACUUCGUCGUCAUCACGUUCUUCUACUUUUUUAAGCACCAAGGCAAAGUAAGUGGAGUAAGAAGAUCGUCGUUGGAUUUAUCGAAACGAAUUCGAAAAAGUGACGUACGUUUCCACGUACUUUUUGAGAACAGUGCUUACGCCGUCUCGUUCUAUGCUUCAAAAUGAUGGAGACACAGAAUUAUUGGGAGGACAACUCCGCUCAUUCUAUGCAAGUCAAGUAUGAGAGUUUGGAUGGCAGAUCCUGCAAGGAUGAGAUCUAUAGAAUGGGCAUUGGGGCAGGAUACUGCGAAGGAAACUUGAAUUUCGCCACCGCCUCGGAGGACGAUGAAGUUUACACCAAGAAAAAGGUUUCCAGGCAAGAUCCGAUGUCGCACAGGAUCAUCGAGAAGCGCAGAAGAGAUCGCAUGAACAAUUGCCUUGCCGAUCUCAGCAGGUUAAUACCCGCGGAAUACUUGAAGAAGGGUCGCGGCAGAGUCGAGAAAACCGAGAUCAUCGAGAUGGCCAUACGUCAUAUGAAGCACCUGCAAGGUCUUCGACAAGGCACGAAGCACGCGACCGUUACACCCGUGCACGCGCACCCCGAAGACAGCAUCGACAGCGUUUCCCAUUCGACCGCGGCCUCGACCGCGGCCGAACAUUACAGGCUGGGAUUUCAAGAGUGCCUCAGCGAGACGAUGCACUUUCUCAUCGAGGUCGAGGGCUUCUACGCGAGGGAUCAUCUCUGCGUACAGCUGACCAAUCACUUGCAACAGCAUUGCGAGAAGAUUUUGGCUGCGAGCGACAGACUGGGCUUUCCUCAGCCGGAGAUGCCAAUGUCGAAUGGUAGCGCGAACGGUACGAGUUACGCUCACGUUAGCAUACCUACGAUAUGCCAGCCUACCGUUCACUCCGAUCAUGGCUCGAGCUCCGGCGUGAGCUCCUUCGGCGAUCCUGAACGUCCUCAGCGCCCGCUCGGCUCCGGCGUUUGCUGCAGCCCGGGUCCAAUACCGCCGCCCACGAUCGUCAGCGACGACAGUAACCACAGCAGCCAUUCUCAUAGCACGCCUCCCAGCGCUAGCAAUAGCUAUCGCCCUCAGAAUUACAAGUUCAAGAGCUCGAUCAAGCAGAGGUUCUCCGCCGAGAGGAUAAAGUCGAGUCCUGAAAAACAAGCGAAUUCGUCUCACGGCGUUCCGAUUUUCGCGCUUCACGAUGGCGGCGCUUUUUACGUACCUUUAACCGUCGAGGCUUCCAUACUGAGCCCUUACUUUGCUUUCAUUCCGGACAACGGGCCAGACACGGUCCUCCAUCCGGUCACGAUAUCCGUCAAUUUCAAUCAACAUUCGACGCCACCGUCGGCGCCGAGUCCAACCGCGAUAACUGCGAUGACGACGACGGCGACGACGAUGACGACGACGACGACGACGGGCACGACGACGGGCACGACGACGACCAAUACGAUAGGAAACGGAGCCGCGCCGUGGUCGACCCAACACAGUCCAAUUUAUCAGACGUAAAGAUCCAUCGAGACGAGUAACCGAUUAUUUUUAUUUCCUCGCUCGAGAUAUUUUUAAUCAUUCUCUCAAAGUGCGACGAAGAUUCCUUUGAUUGCUAUUAUCUUUGAGAGAGGGAUACCUGAGUGCUACUAUUAGCACGACGCAUUGGCGCCUUUUAUGAACAGGAACAAUUGCGCUCGAUAAAUAUCGUCCAUUAGAAACAUUCCGGAGUAUUUGCGAAGCGUCCUACUUUUCUAAAGCGUCCUGCAUUCGGCGAAUAUUUCGACAAGUUGUCCGUUCGUAUCUGCGAGUACUGUCCAAAAGAGUAACGAAGAAAGCUGACGCGACAAAUUUUUAGGCACAAUAUUGUAAUCCUACAUCACGUACCUAUUAUCUCGGGUACUAUAUACGUAUAUGAAUGAUAAUAUAUGAGACAGGACUCCAUUUGGAGGACUCUACAGAGAGGGGGCCUUUUUUUACGUGGAAAAUAUUUCGCGACUAAUAAACUUAGUUCCAUUCAAUUUUGGUAGUAUGGUCUUGAUGGACACUAGUAUUGCACGAAAGUAUUGCAUUUUAUCACAUACGUGAAAGAAAAAGUUAUUUAUUCGAGAGAAAAGCACAUUUUCUAAGUUUUAAAGGUAUAUGCAUAGCGUGUAUUGCUUUCGACGAGUGGAGUCCUCUUUAUUAUUAAUGUUGCUAUUAUUGUUACUAUUACUAUUAUUAAGAUUACGAUGACGAUGGUGUAGUGAUAAUGAUGAUGACGGCGACGGUGACGACGAUUAUUAUUAUUAUUAUUAUUAUUAU